AUGAAACUUUCCUCUGGAUUGAUAUUGGGUCUCAUUGUGACUCUCUGUUCCAUUGCAGCAGUUUUGGCUGGUGGUGAAGUCAAGGGGGUCGAUAUUUAUGCUCCACCACCUGUCUAUGGCUUUGGAGGUGUAACCAAUGCUUUGAAUAAUGCAGCUGCUUACGGCUAUCAAGGAGGUGCUGGACAAAAUUAUGGUGUCCAAGGUGGUAACUACAACCAAUACGCUCAAAACACACAGGCUUACAACAAUCAAGUGAACUCUGUGAAUUCGAACCCGUAUGCCAGCUAUGCUUCCAACUAUGUGGGUCCAAGUUCCUAUGGUAAUCAAUAUGCUAAUCAAUAUUAUCAAGCUUAUGCUCCUCCUGCAUUGCCAUACUAUGGUGGAUAUGGUGGAUAUGGUGCUCCAUUCUAUGGUGCUCCAUACCUUCCUCCAGUUGGUGUUCCUCCAUACCUUCCUCCCGUUGGUGUUCCUCCAGUAGGUGUUCCCCCAGUUGGUGUUCCUCCAUUCGUUCCUCCAAUUGAUGGAUACUUGGGUGCUCCUGGUUUCGUUGGUGCUCCAGGUUUUGUUGGUGGUCCAGUUGCUACUGGAUUUGUGGCUGGAGGUGGUGUUGUUGGAGGUGGUGCAGUCAUUGCCAAGUAA